AAAAUUAUCAUUCAACUGUCCAAACCAAUAACGAAAACAACAACAACAACAACUAAACGAAAACAUUUAAAACUUUUCUAUUAGAAAGAUGAAUCAAUUGGUUGCUAUUCUUUUCUUUGCUCUUGUUGCCAUUUCUACAACAAUUAGUGCUACAAAUCACGGUGACGGAGGUCAGAGUAAAAUUUAUCGAAACCAAGAUGUGAGUGGAAAAUACAAUUUUGGUUAUGAUAUCAAUGAUCCUUGGGGAUCAUCCAACUACCGACAAGAAUCUGGUGAUGGUUGGGGUAAUGUCCACGGUUCAUAUGGACUUAAACUUGCCGAUGGUCGUCACCGAACUGUUAACUAUAUUGCCGAUAAAAGUGGAUUCCGAGUUAAAUUGGACUCAAACGAACCAUCUGUUGACUCAAUCGACUCUGCUGAUGCCAUUUACAAUGGUGCUGAUCCUUCUGGUCACAGUUACACUAAUAUUAUCUCAGGAAACAAGGGAAACCAUUACAAUCACCAUGAUGGUUACAAUCAUGAUGGUCGUCAUCAUGUUGGCUCAUGGAACAAUGGAAACCAAUACCAACAUGGUCCAUACCACGGACAGAAUCACGAUUCAUGGAAUAACAAAGAUUCAUGGAAACAAGGAAACAAACACGACAAUUGGGCCAAAAACUAAGCUUCUUUCCUAAUAAUCUGUCUUCUCCUUAAAAACUUUAACCAUCUCCAAUCUCUUGUAAUAUAUUUUUGUACACACGAUUAUUUAUUUAAUUUGCAAUUCAAUUUCAAACCAAUUUGAAACUUCUUAUUUUCUCAGCAAUAAA